AUGUCUGAUACUACUUCUAACGAUGUGUGGACAACAAACCUCUCUGCGCAAUACGAUGGGGCCGGCAUGGUGUGGGUCAUGGUCUCUGGUGCACUUGUUUGGAUUAUGAUCCCCGGCGUGGGUCUCUUGUAUUCUGGUAUGUCGAGAAAGAAACAUGCCUUGAGCUUGUUGUGGGCUUCCAUGAUGGCCAUUUGUCUAAUUUCGUUUCAGUGGUAUUUUUGGGGGUACACUCUCACGUUUGGUAAGGCACAUUCACAGUUUCUCGGCUCCAUGCAACACUUUUGUUUAAUGGGGGUCUUGGGUAAAGAUGACGCAUUGGCGGGGUUGCCUGAUAUAGUUUUCUGUUUUUUCCAAGGUAUGUUUGCCAUGAUUACCGGCUGUAUCAUGUUGGGUGGUGCAUGCGAGAGGGCAAGAUUGGGUCCAAUGAUGGUUUUCCUAUUUAUUUGGAUAACCAUUGUCUAUUGUCCAGCUGCUAUGUGGACUUGGAAUGGUGACGGUUGGUUGGCUCAAUUGGGUGCUUAUGAUUUUGCAGGUGGUGGACCUGUCCAUCAAGCUAGUGGAUUUGGCGCUUUAGCUUAUGCCUUUGUAUGUGGUAAAAGAAGAGACCCAUUAACAAGUAAGGGGAUCCCUAAAUAUAAACCUCAUUCGGUUACAUCGGUUGUUUUAGGUACAGUUUUCCUAUGGUUUGGUUGGUUUGGUUUCAAUGGUGGUUCUGCAGGAGAUGCAUCUCUAAGAGGCUUCUAUGCUAAUGUCAAUACUAAUUUGGCAGCAGCUUGUGGUGGGCUAACUUGGAUGUUUCUUGAUUGGUUCAGAUGCGGACAUAAAUGGACAACUAUUGGUUUAUGUUCGGGUGCUGUUGCAGGCUUGGUUGGUAUUACCCCAGCUGCAGGAUUUGUUCCUGUUUAUUUUGCACCCCCAAUUGGCGCAAUCACAGCAGUCUGUUGUAACUACGCUGUUGAUUUGAAAGUCAUUAUGAAGAUCGAUGAUGGUAUGGAUGUUUUCGCCCUUCAUGGUAUUGGUGGAUUUGUUGGUUCCUUUUUGACUGGGUUAUUCUCAGCAGAUUAUAUUGCAGCAUCAGAUUACGGUGUUGUCAUUGAAGGUGGUUGGUUGAAUCACCAUUAUAGACAAUUGGGAUUACAAUUGGCUGCUUGUGUAUCAAUUGAUGCUUGGUCCUUUGUUGUUACAACGAUCAUCUUGUUAAUCAUGAACCAAAUUCCUUUCUUGAAGAUUAGAUUAUCUGAAGAGGAAGAAGAUUUAGGUACCGAUGCUACACAAAUUGGUGAAUUCACUUACCAAGAAUCAAAUAUGUACAUCCCAGAACCAGUCAGAAGUAAGGCUCUCCCUCAAAAUGCCCAUUCUGAAGAUGCUAACGCAGUCCCAAUGGCCGAUGAUAGCACAUCAACCGAAAAACACGAUAACAUUGUUUGA